UCCGGCGAGGAGGUCGAGGCCUGUGCGGAAGCGGAUGGAGCCCUCUUGGGCAGCUGGAAAAAGAGUGGAGGCCCGUUCUGGUUUUCUGUGGGUGGGCGGGUGGUGCCAGCUCCGGAGAGUGCUGGAAGGAGGAGAAAAGGCCGCGGACUGCGGUCGCCCUCUACCCACAUCCCGGUCACGAAGGGGUGGAAGCAAAAGGACCUUUACAAUCUGGGCUUAAUUUUACACCUGAGGAGAUAAACCCACGCGAGUUAAUUGGCCAAACGUCGUACAGCUGGUCAGUGGGGGAAUCAUCAGUGUUAGUAAUUAACUCCACCUUGGAUUAACGCCCUAGUUUCCUUAGAAGAACCAGAUGAUUUUAAUCAAAAUUUAAUAUCGAAAAAUGUUCUCUAAAACUAUAGUCUCUGAAGUCCCUUUUUAUUUACUCUCUUUUCUCAAAAGCAGCCCUGUUAAGAUUCCCGCACAGGCUGUAAUGAUGUUCUAAGGCUGGGCGACCCCACUACCUUCGUGUAAAGCUAGUAAAGCACUACAGCAAGUGGAUGAGAACAUGCUUCUGAGACCAGACUAUUUCAAGUCAAACCCUGGCAUAUGUGACCUUCAACAGAAAAGAAAUAAGCAAAAUAUUGUGCCUAUACCUUUCCUGUGUGCAUAAAAGAAGCUUGCCAACUGAUGGGCUUCUUUGGAGAAUGAUCAGUUCUUUCAGUGGGAAAAAUGGUGAAGAGGAUCAGUUUCAUCCUUCUCACCACUGUUCUGGUGAUGGGCAGGGAAAGCUGGGCUCUCGAGAACUGCCUGCAGGAGCAGGCGCGGCUCAGAGCCCAGGUGCACCUGCUUGAGACCCGGGUCAAGCAGCAGCGAGUCAAGAUCGAGCAGCUUUUGCAUGAGAAGGAAGUCCAGUUCCUUGAUAAAGGAGAGGAGAAUAGCGUCAUUGACCUUGGAGGCAAGAGGCAAUAUGCAGAUUGUUCAGAGAUUUUCAAUGAUGGGUAUAAGCAGAGUGGAUUUUACCAAAUCAAACCUCUCCAGAGCCCAGCAGAAUUCUCUGUUUAUUGUGACAUGUCCGAUGGAGGAGGGUGGACUGUAAUUCAGAGACGAUCUGAUGGCAGUGAGAACUUUAACAGAGACUGGAAUGACUAUGAAAAUGGCUUUGGAAAUUUUGUCCAAAAAAAUGGUGAAUAUUGGCUGGGUAAUAGAAAUCUUCACUUAUUGACUACACAAGGAGACUACACAUUAAAAAUCAACCUUGCAGAUUUUGAAAAAAAUAGCCGUUAUGCACAAUAUAGAAAUUUCAAAGUUGGAGAUGAAAAGAAUUCCUAUGAUUUGCAUAUUGGGGAAUAUUCUGGAACAGCUGGAGACUCCCUGGCAGGGAAUUUUCAUCCUGAAGUGCAAUGGUGGGCCAGUCACCAAAGAAUGAAAUUCAGCACAUGGGACAGAGAUAACGACAACUAUGAAGGGAACUGUGCAAAAGAAGAUCAGUCUGGCUGGUGGUUUAACAGGUGUCACUCUGCAAACCUGAAUGGUUUAUAUCACACUGGCCCCUACACGGCUAAAACAGACAAUGGGAUAGUCUGGUACACCUGGCAUGGAUGGUGGUAUUCCUUGAAAUCUGUGGUUAUGAAAAUUAGGCCAAGUGAUUUUAUUCCAAAUAUUGUUUAAUUGUCCCUGCUGGGCUUUCAUUUCUGCAGUUCAUCUUGGUUUAAGUGAUUUGAAAAAUAGCAAAUCUGAACCUUCACAUGUAUAAUGAUGGCAGUUGUUAUGUGCACUACUUUUCUUACUUGCCUUUAUGACUUAAUGUACUUUCAGUACAGCAAAUAUGUGAUAUUCACCAAAUAAAUGUAGAUUAUGUUACUAUUUAA